UCCAUCUCUUUCUCCCAAAUCAUAAUCCACUCAUAAUCUCAAAAGGGUCACCACCUUUUUCCUCGAUCUCCUCCAAAUUCCCCCCUCAUGUUCACCUCCUCCCAUCCCACCACUCCUCCUCCCCUCCCGGACCUCUCCUUGCACAUAAGCCCGCCGUCAAAUUCCGGCAGCACCGGCAGCGAUCUCAGCCAUGAAACUGCCACCGCCGCCGCUGGCUAUUUUCUUCCACCUAAACCCCAUAUGGGUCUACCUCUUGAGCUUGAAACAAGCUUCAACAAUGGCCGCCAUUUUAACCACCACCUACCUCAAAUCUAUGGCCGCCAUUUUAAAAGAGCUGCAAAAAUGGGUAUUAGAGCUCCAAGAAUGAGAUGGACUACAACGCUUCAUGCUCAUUUUGUCCACGCCGUUCAGCUGCUUGGCGGCCAUGAAAGGGCAACACCAAAAUCUGUUUUGGAGCUUAUGAAUGUCAAGGAUCUAACCCUAGCUCAUGUAAAGAGUCAUUUACAGAUGUAUAGAACAGUGAAAAGCACUGACAAAUCAACUGCCUUGAAGAACCAAAGACAAGAAGUUGAUCCAAGUGGUGCUGAGAUCUCUAACCCUAUGUGGAAAAGCUCUGAUCAAAUGAACUUGUUCUGUUCAUCAAUGGAGACAAAUCAAGAGAUGACGACGAGAUGGAGUCAACAUUACAACAACAACAACAAUAUUGGAAACAACCAGCAGCAACAGCAACAGCAACAACAGCUGGACCGACACAAAGCGAGCAUCGAAAUCUCGAGCGGCGUGAAGAAGCAGAGGUUGGAAGGUAGCUGCUUGUCGUUGUGUGAUCAUCAUCAUGGCGGUGUGUAUCAUACAAAUAUUAAUAAGCUAAACUUAGAUAUCACUCUUGGAUGCCCAAAUGCUCUUACAAUUGAGUCUAAUACUCACUCUUCAUCUUCUGAACCUCCCCUUCUUAAAUGCUAAAAUUAAUUAAAGCCUUCAUCUUUGUGGGUUUUUCUUAUAGUUCUUAACAUAAUUGAUGUGGGUUUUUGUUAUUAGUUCUUAAUAUUUCUAUAUGAGUUCUUGUUGGAGAGGUGAAGAUUGUGUUAUCUCAUUGAGAUCUUCCUUUGUUGUAUAUGUUAUGAUCAAGAGAGUAAAGAGAGAUGUUUGAUUUUGACAUU